AAAAGUGAAAUUUUUUCUCGAAAUAAUAUUCCUUUAUAAAGUGCUCUUUCCAUGUUUAUUCAUUGUUCGUAUUUUUUUAAUUUCACGUACACGAUCACCGAACGAACGUUUCAAAUUUCGCGCUUAAUUUGAAUCGAAAGCAGCGCCAUUACCAGAUGGCAGCAUUUACCGUUACCGUCACGAUACGGUUCGUGAUAUCUGGUGAUAUCGAAUGUAUUUCUACCGAAUCGUUUACUUUUGAUCGUACGAUAAAUUCGCAAUCGUUUCGAAUCGUGCCACUUGCAAUCGUUUCUCGAGAAUCGAAAGGAAAUAGUAAUCGCGCGCAUUUUUAUUAAGAAAAAUUAAUGCGUUUGAAAUGUCAAAGGGAAAUGAAAUACCUAACCUAUCGCGUGAUUAUUUACAUGCCUGUCAAAACGGAGAUUUGUUAAAAGUUAAAAAUCUUACUUUAAAGUACGAUGUACAGGAUUGGACGAUUUUUCGGCAUUCGGUUUCCGGUGACACUCCUAUGCACGUUGCAGCGCGCGAAGGUCAUCUGAACGUUGUCGAGUAUUUGUGCGAUGCUUUCGAAAGGCCCGACUUUAAAGUCAACGUCGUUAACAAGGAUAUGAAAAGGCCGCUGCACGAAGCCGCGCAAUUUGCGCGUACCCACGUUCUCCGAUACUUGAUAGAAAAAGGUGCAACCAUCGACUGUUUGAAGCGUGCCGAUUGGACGCCUCUGAUGUUAGCGUGCACGAAGAUUGGUAGCGAGGCGUGCAAGUGCAUCAGGAUAUUACUCGAAGCAAAGGCGGAUCCUUUGAGAAGGAACAAAGACGGUUGGAUACCUGCGUUUAUAAUUUGUCGUUCUGGUGACGUUAAUGCACUUCGAUUAUUUCUGGAUUUCUCUCCUGAAAGUAUUGGUCUUCGAAGUAACAACGGCCGUAGUUCUCUUCAUAUAGCCGCUUUCAACGGACACGAGGAGUUAAUCGAUCUGCUCUUAACUGUGGAUCCGGGUCUUGUGAAUGCACGUGAUUCAUCAGGUGCUACGCCUCUUCACGAAGCCAUUAAGGGCGGGAAUUUAAACGUGGUAAAGCGUAUGAUACAAUUGGGUGCGGAUUUUCGCGCCACUGAUAAGGUCGGCCAAACCAUCCUACAUGUUGCUUCCUUGAUAGGAAACGUGGAAAUGAUGGAAUAUAUUUUAAUGAAUAAUUUAAUUAAUAUACACGAGAAGGCAUUUUUUGAUGUCACACCAUUAAUCGCAGCUCGUCGAACCGAACAAAUCAAUGCGAUCGACGUUUUAAUAAAAUAUGGAGCAGAGAAAUAAUUUUUAUUGGAAAAUGUCCACUCUAAUUUUCAUAAUUUCCUAAGACCAUAUUUCCUUUAUUAUUUUCGUAAUCGAAAACAGGGUUAAAAUUGAAGAUAAGAUCAAUGAUUUUUCUUCAGAGAUUGUUACACAUUUAUUUAUCCUUUUUCUCUGUAUCAUCGGACAGUCUUAAAGAAGCAAUACAAAAUCAAGAAACGAAGUUUCUUAUCCGAUUUGGAAAUACCUAAGUUUUACAAUCUUGUCGCAUCUGCGUUCCUAAUGCGCGCAGGCAGGCAAUGGCGGAAAGAUCUUGGCGGUUCGCGAUAAUUAAACGAAUUCAUAUAGAAAGAUAAUCGUAAAAAAAAAGGGGGAUAAGAUCAUAGAAUCGUUAAA